AUGUUUCCCCAGAUCAUUGAUUGGAAGUCUCCAUUCUUUGAAGGAGCUUUUGAAGUUGGACCACUCACCCGUAACAUUGGCAGCAUACCUUGCGUCAUUUACAACUUUUUUAAGAAACUUAAUUCACCAAACAAACCGGUUACUUCUCCAAACCAACAACAACAACAACAGCAACAACCAACAGGCGCGCCAACACUUAGCACGACUACUUACCAACCAACAAUGCCAGCGUUCCGUCUUCAAUACCAGCCAUGGAGUGGUCCGAUUGCUGAUUCGCCAGCAGAAGCAGCUCAAGGCCUUUUCCGAAGAGCUGAUACCGGCAGCGGGGGACGCAGUACUCAAGAUUGGAGAGACCUCGCAUAUACUCCUGUUCCUGAACGCAUGGGCGAUCCAGCACUCGGCAUUAGUUUGCCAAAACUAGAAUAUCGACCCGCUUAUACUCAUCGACGAAAGACGACAGAGCGCUUAAAUAAAUCUCUCUGGCAACUCAACCCUUCCCCCAUCAUCGUGGACCGUUUCAGACAUGAACAGGAGGAAGAUAUGAGAAAGAAAUGGGAUCUCUUUGAAGAUAGAUCGUCGAAGGUCUACUAUGAUAGACUUCGUCAGUGGCUUACCACCAAUAUAAUGGAUCCUACCCUGAAAACGGUUUCACUUGUUGAAAAUCAACUUCCACAGCAAGGCACAAACUUUGUGAAUUGUCCACCUAAUAUUCUGGCAUUGUUGAUAGUUGAACCUAACACUAUGGCCGACAACGCGUUUCCUAUCAUGCUAGUCCAAAAGCUGAUUUCAGUGAAGGGAUAUGAAAACGAUCGUGCUCGACAACAUGUACUGGAACGUUUGAAGGAAUUGGUCAACAGACCUCGGUACCACAGUCUUCUCAGUGAGGCAGAUCUACCCAGUGAUUCUGAAAUCAUUAUCCAUAUUUUCAACACUUAUUUGGAACACAUGAUGCCGCACAUUGUUCCAUUGCUUGUCCCUCUCCAAGGUGGCGAUGUGUACAAGUUGCUGUUGGUAUUCUUCUUCAUCAACGAAGAACUCAAAAAAGAAAUCUUUGAUUAA